CACCAGAGCGCUGACCGGGCUCUGUGCUUAUCUCCUUAUUGCCGCGGCUGUGUCCUCAGAUUUCGAGGGAACUCUCAGGGUCACCGGCGAAGGAAAUGUCGCGGACGUCAAAAACAAAAUGUCAUACGAAGUCGAGACUCUGAUCUACUCGGACUCCAAGUCUGGACAGCUCCGGGCUGGCAAGCACACCUUCCCGGCCGAAAUCGUCCUGGGUGCGCUCCACCGGGUGCCACCCACCUACGAGGCCAACGGUAUCUCGCUCGAGUACCGCCUCAAGGCCGUCGCCGCCUGGAGAAAGAACAUGCGCGACUUCAACCGCCUGGCUUCGGGGCCUCUGACAAUCGUCCCAAUCCGACAGGCUAAGCUCUUGGCCGGCCAAAUGGCCGUCACCGAGUCGUAUGCCAGUCUUCCCACGACCAUGCCUGAUCCGGAUCCCUUCCGUUUCAUGGCCAUCCUCCAGCGAGAGCGAAUCAGCCCACAGCUGGAAGGCCCUCGAUGUCAAGACCCUGCGACUCCCUCUCCCGGACGAUCUGGCUCCGAGCAUUGUAACCGACGCCGCCACGGUCGUUUACGAGUUGCAGGUCCAGAUCUAUUCCAAGGAUGCCGCCGACCCCAUUGCCGACUUUCGUCUGCCCAUCAACAUCGUUUCGCCGUGGAAGGGCGAGUCGCGUAUCCCCCUUUUGCAUCGAUCGGACUCGCUCACUCCACGGCCCCCGACCGAGCGGGUUAUCAUCUACACCGAUGAUGGCCGCCCAAUCGAGGAACAGCGCGAGAGGCUUCAGGCUGUAUAUACACACAACCCUACCGCCGACGACGAAGUUUAUCUCAUCCCUGGCGACGUUGUUCUUCUCGAGCACGCCUUUGAAGAUAUGUGGGCUUUGGUCACCAAUCUGACCCAGAACUCGACCGGCAUCGUCCCAAUGACGCACCUGCAGCCGCUCUUUGACGAGCGUCUCGACCGAAACUCGCUGCAGUCGCUUGCAUCCGAAGAUAUUCCCAUGUCUCGCUCAGAGUCGCGAACAUCGUCCACGCCAGAGAUCAACCCGUUCGACGAGAACUUGAAGACUGUGAAUCUGCCUCCUUCGCCGGCCAUGACUGCUCGUCAGUCCCUAGCGCUUUCCGAGUCCAUCACACGCAUGUCCCUGGACUCUCAACGCUCUGGAUCGGUCAACAAGCAGCUCCCGCCAACCCCACCCGAGCCGAGAGCGGCCCCCAUCAAGAUCAAUCCUGUCACUGUUGAUCACGCUGUGACGGCCGAUUCGCUCAUUCAACACUUGGGUCUCCUCUCUCGCUUCUCACUGAUUGAGUAUGCCGACGAAACACAUUCCUGGAUUAUACUCUGUGCCGCCGAGCAGAGGUACAGCAUCUGGCUCGAUAUGCUCAAGGCGUCCCAGUUCACCCAAGCCAACCUGCCGCUCCCGCCGUUGGACGUGGCCUACAUCUGGCAUGCGCAUAUGCUCAAUCCCCUCCGCUACUACGAAGACACAUACUUCCGCGGCACUCCUCCUGUCUCGAUGCCUCUGGCUCGUAUGCAUAACCUACCCGGAACGGAGUACGCCCCAUAUCCACAAGACCAGCAGAUCUGGGAGGGCUUUGCUCAGCAGCCACUCCACCUCCCUCAUCCCAACGUCAUCACUUCCAUUCCUUUCACGUGUCCCUGGUGCAACACGACUCACCCCUCGUCUCCAAGUGCGUACUGCCAAUUCAGAUUCAAGGACGGCUCGGUUUUUUGCCACAACUGCAACACCAGCGUCAGCUUAGACACAUACUCUGCCGUACUGUUCAUCCGCGACAUUGUUGCCUAUCGCGACGGGAACUUGCAGGGGCUCCGAGGCGCCUUGCUUGACGAAACCAAGGGAUACAUUUCGACCAUCUCCGAGUCUCAAGCAAAGGCCGAACUCGAUCUGCUGAUCAAGUCUCCCAAGGCUGCGGCAUGCAUCGAUGAGCUCAUAAGGGUCGGAGAGUUCAAUGGUCGUUAUGACUGUAGCUGGAAGACCGUCGACGGCAUCUUUGGCAAGAUCCGAAUCGCUCUGAAAAACAGCGGCGAGCUCAGAAAGAUCCGCAGGAGCACACUGGUGCGCCUCACUCGAGCGUAUCGCAACAAGCUGUAUGGCUUUACCAUCGACCUCCCUGCGGCCGUCAUCCGACAAAAAAAGUUCACCAGCAAAAUGGUUAGCGGCGCUGUGGACUGGUCCGAUCCCAAUGUCGUGGCUCGCGCCACCAUCCGCUACCACAAGUUCCUGCUGCUUAUGGGCAAAGAGAAGGGAAAGUUCCUGGUGCCGACCUUGGACAUUGAUCUUGCCUGGCACACCCAUCAGCUUCAUCCCCAGCGAUACCAGCAAUAUGGUAUCAACAACCUUGGCCGUCUCAUCAACCACGACGACAGCGUGCGCGAAGGCAAAUUGGUUGAGUCAUUCGCCGAGACGGCGAUUCUGUGGAAGAAGCACUACACAGAGCACUACUCGCGUGAAAAUUUGGCGGCACGGUAUAUGAAUGCGGACCGCAAGCUGGCCGCGGUUGUGUUCCCACCCUAUGCCCUCUAUGCCAUCGGCAAAUACGCCAAGCUCAAGGCCUCCAGCAGUGACAUGGGCGGUUGCAGGAUGCACGAUGCCACCGAGCCUGUCGCCAGCCGGCGAUCCAAGCCUGGGUGUGCCACCUGUGGGACUGCCUACGCUGCAUGUGGCCAGGGACCCUUCGGAUAUGGCUACACCGGAAUUGUUGUUGUUGACACAAGCAGCUAUGGCAACUGUGGAUCGGCGAUCGGAGGUUCAUGUGCCAGCAACUGUGGCUCCUCUGGAUUUGGUGGCGGCGGAAGCAGCUGUGGCUCUGUCGUGAGCGGAAGCAGCUGCGGUGGCACCAGCUGCGGCGGUGGUGGCAGCAGUUGCGGCGGUGGUUGCGGCGGUGGUGGAAGCAGCUGCGGUGGUGGUGGUGGCUGCGGCGGCGGUGGUGGUUGUGGUGGUGGCUCGUAAAAGGUCUGGUUCACUUGCCAUGGCCGCGCACGCACACAGUCGCCCCGCCAAGUCGCCAAGUUUGCGUGCACUCCGCUAUCGAAGCAACGAUACGAUGCUGUCCGGGUCGAUUGAUCUUGUUCAAAACGGUGCCAUAAUGUCGGUCUGAUAGCCCGGAGCACCGCUGAUCGUGGAUAAUCCGGGCACAGCAAAGCAGGCGCCGGAAUACUUUUUUUUCUCCUCUGUAUGUGCCUUUCUCUCUUCCUCUCUUUCUCUCUUUCUCUCGCUCCGUUGGUGAUAUUCAAUACACAUUGCCAGAGCACAACUCGAG